AUGCUUCCGAUUCAGCAUCGCUGCCGCCACCACCACUACACGGCUUACCUCACCGCCCUCAUCGGCAUUCUUCUCCUCUUCCCAUCAAUAACCUCCCAAGCUCAAAUACUCAAACGAGAAUUUUACUCUUACGGACCCUUCAAUACCAGCAACCAACACUUUUUCGUAACUUUAGCCUCUGCAACCAUCCACCUCGACGCCUUCCAGGUCACGCCGGACAGCGCAGGAAGUACAACGAUCGUCUCCAUGUUUAACAACUCCGGCAGAAUCUUUUUCAGAGACCCUUUCAAACUCUGGGAAGAUUCCUCCACCACCGGAAAACUCGUUUCCUUCAACACCUCUUUCCUCAUCAACAUGUUACCUUACAUGAACCAAACUCCCGGUGAAGGUCUCGCUUUCCUCAUCGCACCUUCCAUCUCCAUCCCUCUCAACAGCCACGGCGGCUACCUCGGUUUAACAAACGCCUCCACCGACGGUAAUCCCACAAACCGUUUCAUCGCCGUUGAACUCGACACCGUUAAACAAUUCUACGACCCUGACAACAACCACAUGGGACUAAAUAUAAACAGCGUCCAUUCCAACGUUACAGUUCCUCUCGAUUUCGAAAUCGCUCCGAAAGUUGCUAAGAUAUUCGCUUUAUGGGUUGAAUACGACGGUGACCGGAAAAACAUGGAUGUCUAUAUAGCGGAGCAGCCUUCAAAGGAUGGACCUAUAGUGGAGAAACCGGUCAAACCGAUUUUAUCUUCGGGUCUUGAUCUAAAACAGAUUCUGAGUCAGGACUCUUAUUUUGGGUUUUCUGCUUCAACAGGAAGCAGUGUUGAGUUAAACUGUGUACUUAGAUGGAACAUUUCAAUAGAAGUUUUUGAUGAAAAAAACAACAAAGCGUUAACGAUUGGAUUAGCUGUUGGUGUUCCUGCUUUGGUUUUGAUUUUACUAUGUGGGGGAUUUUGGUAUUAUUAUGUUUUUAAGAAAAAGAAAAGUGAUGAGAACGGUUCAAAUUCUCAGAUAAUGGGAAAAUUGAAGAGUUUACCAGGAACACCGAGAGAGUUUAGUUAUCAGGAACUUAAGAAAGCUACUAGUAAUUUUGAUGAGAAGAAUAAACUUGGACAAGGUGGAUACGGUGUCGUUUAUAGAGGAACAUUGGUUAAGGAUAAUUUGGAGGUUGCUGUUAAGAUGUUUUCUAGAGAUAAAAUGAAAAGUACUGAUGAUUUCUUGGCUGAACUAAGCAUCAUCAAUCGUCUUCGUCAUAAGCAUCUUGUUAAAUUACAAGGAUGGUGCCACAAAAAUGGAGUAUUACUCUUGGUUUAUGACUACAUGCCUAAAGGAAGUUUAGACAGUCACAUAUUCUGCGAAGAAGGAACAAGCACAUCUCCGCUAAGUUGGCAUCUCAGGUACAAAAUCCUCUCAGGCGUGGCUUCUGCAUUAAACUACCUUCACAACGAAUACGAUCAGACAGUAGUACACCGAGACCUCAAAGCAAGCAACAUAAUGCUUGACUCAGACUACAACGCGCGCUUAGGUGAUUUCGGCCUAGCGCGUGCACUAGAAAAUGAAAAAACAUCAUAUUUAGCAGAACUAGAAGGCGUACAAGGUACAAUGGGAUACAUAGCACCAGAAUGUUUCCACACAGGAAAAGCAACAAGAGAAUCAGAUGUUUAUGGAUUUGGUGCAGUGUUGCUUGAAACAGUGUGUGGACAAAGACCUUCUUGGACUAAGAUAGAAGGGUAUCAGUUUCUGGUUGAUUGGGUUUGGUAUUUGCAUCGCGAAGGGAGGAUAUUGGACGCUGUUGAUCAAAGUGUUGGGAGUGAUUAUGAUGUUGAAGAGGCGGAGAGGAUAUUGAAAUUGGGAUUGAUUUGUUCUCAUCCUAUUGCAGGUGAGAGACCAAAUUUGCAAACAAUUGUUCAGAUUUUGUCUGGGUCUGUGAGUGUGCCUCAUGUGCCACCUUUUAAACCGUCUUUUAUGUGGCCAGCUGUGGAUUUAGCUAGUCUUGCAAGUACUGAUUUUACAAAAACAAAUACUAGUGAGUAUGCACCAAUCAAUGGUAACUCACAAUCUUCGGUGCAUGUUCAAUUCUCAGAUAACAGCUCUUUGGUGUAA